CCUCGAUCCCGGCUGAAGACGCAAGCCCGUGUUGUUUUCCAAGAGGUGUACGGAAUGCGAGUACUGUAGUCAAGCCUCUUGCUUCCAAAGGCACGGAGUACAAGUUUGACUCAAUCUAAGGCUGAGAGGCAGCCUUCUCUACGCCGGUCAGUCUCCAUCCCGGCAGGUUCGGCAAAGCAUCCUUAAGCAAAGAUUGUGCCGUGCCACCACUGCUCUUAUCGCCCACCAAGCCUAUCAAGCCUAGCCUGCACUUAACUCCAUACCUGACCUGAGGCAACACGUUUUCUUCACACGCAUCGGACAGACCUCGGUCACUUCAAACAGAGGUUCAAAAUCUCAGUUGUUGGUUCAUCUCUUUGAGUCGACUUUGGCUCCAUCAAGAUGGCAAUCCCCAAUGCGGCUUUGCAAAAGCUACUCCAGGAAGUCGAGACUCAAGCAGUUCUCUCCCAGCAAAAAAUCACUCAAACCCAGGCAGAACUGAGUGCCAAACGACGAGAUUCACGGUUGAAUCUGCUAACUGCCAAUGAACUCAAAUCGCUAUCCAAGGACACAAAGACCUACGAGGGAGUCGGCAAGAUGUUCGUCGCCGUGCCCAUGUCUACCCUCAGCGAACGCCUCGAGUCCGAAUCAACUUCUUUGAAUAAAGAGAUCUCGGAUCUGGAAAAGAGAUUGCAUUAUCAAGAGACAACCUACAAAAAUAGCCGGCAACACAUUGAAAAGAUCUUACAAUCGGCAGCUCGUCCUUGAAAUCACCUUUCGAAUCUCCGUGAUUGUCCUACCCAGCACGCGACCGGUUUGUUCUCACCGGAGCUGAAGACACCAUCCUAUGGUCACACGCACACACACGCAAACAGCAUGUCAGUCGACUUGGCAGUUUCGGCAACCUAUGUUCCAAAAAUGCCGUUAUCAAUCUAUAAUGGCAGCGAGAAAGACUUUUGUACUGCACCAAAGCCCAGUGUCUGUUGAUCUAGAUCGCUGUACAACACACUCCAUACAUAUUAGGUGUAAUGGCCAAUAUGUGGUGGGUCAGAAGUGCAUGGAAGAAGCUUUGAAACUCAUGCCACAUGAGCUUUUACACGUCGUCUAAAACUACGCGAGAUAGGUUAUCCACCUAAGCGGAACGAGAGUACUCCGUACUACAAAACACGAGAGCCAGAGAAUAGUUCUACGAACGCGGUCUGCCAUGAAGCCCAAGGCCACGGAGGCCAGGCGAGGAAUGGACACCCCAAGAAUCACGAAUUGUAGAGCGCCUAGCACUGAGCACACGGCCAUUUCAUGGCUCUUACCGUGUGGUCAACUUCGUUCUCAAUUUAUGCCAAUACGUUUGGGGUAAUUGAGUUGGUAUCACUUCACGUACAUCGAUUCGCCCUAUGUCGUGUUCUCUCUGGCAUUAACUUGUACCUCCUACCUGUCGAGGGACCUACCUUGUCUCGUGACUUGUAGUAUCCCAGGAAGCGAUCCAUGACCAGUUUCUUGUGGCAUUUUAUAACAACGCUACGAAGACUUCGAGCCGAUCUUGCCAGAAGCUAAUUCAACUUUGAACGAUACAAUCAACUUCCAGGAGACGCAACGUUGCGUGAUCUAGAUACAUGUAGCUACAAAGCCCAGAAGGACUCCAGAAAAUCGAGCUGACAUGGGAUUGCUCUAAACAACUAAGCCUGUGGCUCAUUGAUUCAUUGAUCCAUGUCGCGGACAAGGCUCAGAAUUGAAAAAGAAUUUUUUUCCAUAUCCCGAAACCAGCUUGUGCCAGUGACUACUCGACUUACGAACCCAGACCGAGAGAAGUCCAAUGGAGCAAGACCUGUCGCAUCUCUUCGGCUAUUCCCCACUGCGCGGACAUUGUGC